AUGAACAAUCAUUAAGUUCAAUGUCCUCAAAUAUUCAAUAGCCAUUAUUUAAGAACGGAUUAUAAGGUAAAUCCCCAACCUUUAGUUCUCAAUUUAAAUCAAUCAAGAUAAAGUUCCAAGGCUCUCUCUGUGGAUAGAGGUAAACCAUUCAUACAAACUAGUUUCACAGUCAAACUCAAAUAAGCAAAUUAGAAUGUGGAAUAACUCAUCGACCUUUGGCAAAGACAUAAAUCGAUUACAUAAACCACUCCGACCAACAUAUCCCAAUCAUUUCACUAUCAUUCUACAACACAGAAAAAUGAAAGCUUUGUUAUUGCUAAAAUGUUAGAGGAGAUACCAGAAACAAGAGAAGUAAGUCCAUUGAAGCCAGAAGAAAUAAUGAUUAAACCUAUAUAGUUAUUUGAGAUUAAUUAAUCAACAUCCAAAUUACCUACGACGCAAUAAUACAAUUCUAACCACAAGAAGACAAGUUCAUUAUAUGUAGGCGCGUUGUCAAAAAGUGAUGCCUUCUCAGGGACUAAAAAGGCAGCUAAAGAGAAUCUAAAAUUAUCGAAUAAUGGGACUUCUGGAAGCAAAAAAACUCAGAUUAAUUCAUCAUCUAAGAAAUUACCCAAGGAACUCUCAGUCAUAGUUUAACAAUUACAGUCAGUUUAAAAAACAUUGCUCCCUUAUUACUAAAAAUUGGAGAAAGGCAAGAAAACAGAGAUGGACGAAUAAUUUAAUAGUCUCAUAAAUCAAAUAAAGAGCGAUUUCACAAAAUGA